AUGUAUCCAAGUGAAGACAAGUGUAUCAUGCUCAUGUCAAUUUCCUCGGGGUGCUUAGUCAGGCUGGGAUAUUUGAUGAAAGAUUUCCAUGAAAGGUCCUUUGAGAAUGAGAGAUGGUUUGAUUCAGAAAUGUACAAUGAAACUGCCAAGUACGUUAUUGGUAAUACACUAGGUUGUUUGAAGCCAAGUUUCAGGACUAUACCUAAUAUGUUUAACAUGCUCUAUCCAUUCAUGAGAGAUGAAGACCCUCCCGGGCCACUCUUAGGAUGCUCAAUGUCAGUUCAAGCUCUAUGCAAACCCCGAACGAAAUUAUCAUCAACAGUAGCACCUAUAACCUCCCAUCUACCCAUAGUCAGGACACCUUUGAUGCAAAGUAUAAUUGAAAAGGUAAAAGACAACCCAUACAUCUCAAUACCAGGUGUACCUAUGUUAGUAGUGUUCUCCAACAUGACAUACAACUAUGAAGAUGCUUUGAUAAUAGGGGAAGGUUUAAAGUUGUCUACAAGUGUAUGGGAAAGACAAAGGGCAACAAUGGAGAGCUCUGGAGCUAGAAUAGGAGACAAAUUUGGUACACCACAUGGACAGAAGUUCGUCCUCUCGCAGAUAUUGAGCAAAGACAAGAUGCCGAGCUUUCAGGGCUGUAAGACAGGGGAAGUUUUCAAACCCCGUGUCAUUAUAGCAUCAUACUCCAUACAUAAGUGUGGUGCCAUGGGACAACUAUACCAAGUGUGGUUGACAUUUAGCGUAGUAGAGGACUUCGAUUUCUAA